UGAACGCGAGACUGGCAAGAAUCGAGAAAUCGAGAAUAUACGGUCGUUUUGGCGACGAAGUGCACAGUGGGCACGUGAUCGUGCAGCUUUAGACUGGGAGCAUGUAUAUGAUAUGACAACAGCAAGAGGACUAGCUUUCUGCUGAUAUAGCUAUUAAGGAAGCAAUCUACUCAGCACCAGUAUGUCUCUAAGCAGCGAAAAAAGUGACAUUGAGCUGGAUGAGAAAAUCAAACAACAGCACCGAAUUGACAGCUUGAACAUACUGUUGUAUAUGCUCCUUCUGAUCACUACUGUGUUGACAAUAUGGAUGUUCAAGCACAGAAGAAUGCGCUAUCUACAUGAAACUGGAUUGGCUUUGAUUUUUGGCCUGGUGGUGGGUGCCCUCAUCCGUUACACAGGUGACCCCUCGGCAAUCACACAUGUGGAGGUUCAGGCAGUGCCACACUCCAACUACAAUGAGUCACUGCCACCUGACUAUCUAUGGUUUCGGAUGAAACGGAAGAUGGAGAACAGGACGUACGCCUACCUGCUCACGGGCGAGGUGGAGGACGCCACCGGCAACGAGUUCGCCCAGCAGGCCACCUUCGACCCGGAGAUCUUCUUUAACAUCGUGCUGCCACCCAUCAUCUUUAACGCUGGCUACAGCCUGAAGCGGAAAUUCUUCUUUCGAAACCUAGGCUCAAUCCUGUGCUUCGCCUUCAUCGGGACAACGAUCUCAGCGUUUGCGAUCGGCGGCGUGCAGUACACGUUCGGCCUGCUUUUCUCGUCGCCGCCGUCGCUGCUCGACUGCCUGUACUUCGGCGCGCUGAUCUCGGCCACCGACCCCGUCACCAUCCUGGCCAUCUUCAACGACCUGCAGGUGGACGUCAACCUGUACGCCCUGGUAUUCGGCGAGUCGGUGCUGAACGACGCCGUCGCCAUCGUGCUAGUCACCGCCAUCGAGAACUACGCCAAGCUGUACGCCACCGGAUCGGACGGCUUUGAGGCCAUCGCCUUCCUGAAGGCGAUCGGCCUCUUCUUCUACGUGUUCUUCUCGUCGUUCCUGCUGGGCUCCGUGAUGGGCUGCGCCACGGCGCUGCUGACCAAGUUCACGCACAUCCGCGACUUCCCGCUGCUGGAGAGCUCACUUUUCCUGCUCAUGUCGUACUCGUCCUUCCUGAUGGCCGAGGCCGCCGACCUGACCGGUAUUGUGGCCGUGCUGUUCUGCGGCAUCUGCCAGGCCCACUACACGUACAACAACCUCUCGGAUGAGGCGCGCGUCAGGACCAAGGACUUCUUCGAGAUGAUCAACUUCCUGGCGGAGAACUUCAUCUUCAGCUAUAUCGGAGUCUCGCUCUUCACAUUCCCCAAACAUCAGUGGGAUUUCGCCUUCAUCAGCUGCGCCUUUGUGUCGCUCUUCAUCGGGCGUCUGCUGAACGUGUACCCGCUGUCCUGGCUGCUCAACCUGAAGCGUAGGCCGGUCAUCCCGCUCAACUUCCAGCACAUGAUGUUCCUCUCCGGGCUGCGGGGGGCCAUAGCGUUCGCGCUGGCGAUCCGGAACACGUACUCGGUGGGUCGGCAGACCAUCCUCACGGCCACCUCCAUCAUCGUGGCCGUGACCGUCAUCUACGGCGGCCUCACUACCCAGCUGCUGCUCUGGCUGGGCAUACCUGUGGGCGGCGAGGAGGACGACGAGACGACCGGGCUGAACCAGCUGCAGCGCUGCCGCCCGGUAUAUAGCGCGAUGGAAGGAAGGCGCGGCCAGCAGAACGAGACGGGCGCCAGAGACAACCCGGAGAAGGCGCUGCUGGUGCGGCUGUGGUCGGACUUCGACACCAGCUUCAUGAAGCCGCUGCUGACGCACUCGCGGCCCACCCUGCUGGAAACGAUGCCGCUUUGCUGCCAUCCGUUAGCCCGCCUGCUAACCAGCACACAGCAGUUGACGCAGGACACGAGCAACAAGUACGAGGAAGACGGCGAGCUGUGCCUGGAGGCGGACGAGGCCAGCUUCCAGCACGGCGACAACGGCUCGGUGCACUCGAGCGGUCACCAGCAGUCAUCCGGUCCGGACGUGGACGCCAUAGAUCUGACACCCGCUGCCAGCCACAUGUGGUAGGACGGCGGCUGGCCUGCACGGCCGAUCUGUGUGUGUGUUUGUGUGCGUGUGCGUGUGUGUGUGCGUGUGUGUGUGCGUGUGCGUGUGUGUUUGUUUGUGUGUGUAUGACCACCAUUCUGCGCGAGAUUUUCCACACGGACUGGGACUACCUGUGGACACUGUGCUUGCCUCUCUCGCAAUGAUUGGCGUCGGGUCGUGGGGCCCCGCACGUCCGGGGCAUAGUGCACUGGGAUGAUGAGAGGACCCCGGAAGCAAGCGUGCGACCGUUGUCAGAACUGGCCCGCUGUUCGUGCCUCAACGGCUCUAGGUGCCAGAUGAGACACGUGGGCGACGCCGGACACUGGCUGCGCCGCUCGUGAGACACGCCCUGUCCAACGCUCGCAACACGCCUUGCGUCUCGUCCUUGAGACACUGCUCACCGCAUGCUUCUGGGGAUUGGGUCAGUUUGGCCGGUGGCCAGUCUGCGCCCUCUGCUUGCGUUGGUGUGGGUCUGGCUUGCCACUCUCUUGUCUCUAAUGCGCUUCAAUCUCAUCUCUGACUGCCUGUGCGUGCGGCCCACUCCUCGCUUUUUCCGAGUUGUUUGUCUGCAGGGAGCUUGUAUCGAUACUGUACGAGGUUACAAACGACUAACUAGCUCACGCUCAUCGCUGAGCGUCAUCAUGAACUCACCAUAGUGCUCGCCUUAAUCUCGUCUAUACGAAUGGAAACUUGUGACUUGGACGUUUUUUCGAGACAGGCGUUGCAUUCAAAACAUAAGCUACGUAUGCGUGAUUUCUUGCAGCCCGGGAACGCUCUUGUAUGAGCGUACGCGCAGUCUGUCGUGUUCCGUUGCGCUUAGCCAGGUGGCAAGCUGUUUGUCAUGUUUUUGCUCUCAUGUGUGGGAAUAUGACGUCAUAUCGUGUGCGAUAUGGUUUGAAUUUUUAGGUCGUUGCAGACCGUGCAGCAUUUUGCACCGCAAAGCUCUUUCCAUUGAGUCUGUAAGUCAAACAUCGUGCGCGCCUAACCUUUAGCUCUCUAUUAUUCAGGCAGGCGUGCCUUCGUUGACUCUAAAGGCCAAACAACGCUGAGAUCUGAGGUUAUGACCAGACUUGUGCUUCGCCAGGUCUUACCCCGCAUCAGCUUGGUUUCGUAUGCAGGCCUUGGCAGUGUCGGUAUUGGACCUCAGGCCAUGCUAUUAUAGGCCAGUUAUAGCCUUUACUCGAGACAAUCCAGCUUCUAAAGCGGUGUUGGCAGUUUGCAUAUAUUCUCACCUGUUCUGACCACUGGGUUUAUUUUUUCGCCUUGUGUUGAUCACGCGGAGGGGACGACUCAAGUGAAAGAGCCGCACUGAACUCCAGUCGGCUUUCAACAGCUAAGGACGCGGCGGCUUUGUCUUUUGGGCGUUGGCAAUCUUGGGGAAAGGAUUGCGUAGUCAAAUCAACCUAUUUUGGUUCUUAUUGCGCAUGAUUGACGCGUCUGAACAUGAUGGGACAUGAAGACGUAGUCUCGUAUCUGAAGACAAGAGAAUUCAGUUUUGUGUGCUUGGAUACGUAAGACUUAACCGAAGAUUUACAAUAGAAAUCAUAUCACAAAAGGUUAUGCUAUUACAAAAAGCUACGGUCCCUAUCAUGACAUCCGCACAGAAUAUUGGACUUAGGUGAUUCUUCUGUGACGGCGGCUUCGCCUCCCUUGUAAGUGACGCCACCGUCGCUCAACUUUCUGUACGGUUACACGAAUGGUGAAACAGCACUGUUCUGCUGCCAUUAAUUUUGUCCCCGUCUGGCGGUCUGGCUACCGCUCGCUGUAUUGUGACCUGGCCACCGGUUCAUGGCUGUGAUGAUAACCCUACUCCUGCCCCCUGUCUGGCGACCUGACUCCUGUCCCCCGUCAAGUGCCGAGGUUCCCGUGCCGUGCCUGGCGCCGCAGUGGUCGUCUCGUGUGUGUCCUGUGCGCCGCGUGCCGCCCGUCCGAUGUUGCUUGGCGCCGCCCUGCUCGCUCCGG